AGUUAAUAAUCGUAAUACAAUAUUCUCCCGUACGUUAUUUGGUUAUUAUUCCCAAUAAUUACUAAUUUUGUUGCCGGAACACCGCCGCCCCUAUUUGGAAAUCGAUGCAAUGAUUGCAGACGAGGAAGAGACAACGUCAACAUUAGCGGCAGGGCUCUGUUGCUGUCAAUACAUUAAUCACGAUAGGCGAACUGCGCACAUAUUAGAAUGCUGUUGUAAUUGCACGGAAUUUGACUUGGUAUGCACACGCUUCAUCACGUGUAAACGCAUUGAAUCGCGCAACAUAAGCGACAUGUUGAUUGCUUUUCAGGAUCGCUUGCGUUUGCCAUGGCAAGGCGGCGCCAAGCGCAUCUCGCCGGCCGCUCUAGCGCCUGCCUUCAUAGUGCCUACUAUGAUGGGUCUGGCUACGCUCAAUGCCAAGACGGCCAUAGUGCUGAUGUUGACACUAGUUGGAUUCUGCUUCUGGGGCAUGCAACUGGCUGAGCGAACAGCUACAAGGACCAGCUUUUUCUUAAGCUGGACAGUCUUCUCUAUAUUCUACAUGGCGAUAAUUUUUGAAUGGGAAGUGCCGCUGCUUGAAUUGCUGCCUGAAGAGAACAUAGUAUUGAUAUUGCUAUCAGCGGGUGCUUUAUAUGCGCUAUAUCGAACAAAGCAGCUGGCGCCAUUGAAUCUGGUCACUGCGCAAUACGGCAGCACGCCCAAGGAUGAAUUGCCUGGCAUAACUGAAGCCUCCAGCGGCGAGGAGCAGCAGCAUACGGAUACUGUGUUGGGCAUGGAAGAUGAUGACGACGACGAUGAGGGUGUUGGUGUUGAGAAUCAGGAGCGCAAUGGACUUAUACAGCAUUUGCAGCCGCACAUGUGCGAGAUUUGCCGCAAGGUUACACCAAGUCGUGCUUACCACUGCGCUGCUUGUGGCAGCUGCGUUAAGCGUCGCUGGCAUCAUAGCUACUGGCUCAACUGUUGCAUUGGCGAGCGCAACUUGCGCAGUUAUAUAGUAUGUCUAUUCUUAUCUGAAUGCGCUUUGCUGCUGGGCGCCAACCUAACACUGACUGCAGUUUGUCAUCCGUUUUUGGUUGUGCGCAUGCUGGGCAUACCGCUGCUGCUGCCCGACGACUGUAGCGAGGUCUUCGAGCAAUUCGAAUUGGGCAUUGCCUUUGUUGUCGCGGGCUAUGCCCUACUCAUUGCCGGCUACAUUGCUGUGGUGCUCUGUCGUCAACUAUAUUUGUGUUGGCGCGAUGCUAGUCCGCCUGAGUACAAGCGCAUGCCCGCAACCAAUGGCAGUCGCAUCUGGAACAAUUGGCGUGCCAUACUCAAGUGACGGCGCAUCAAAAAAAUAAUACAGUAAACUUUUUUAAACUCAAUUAUUGCGCUUAAUCCUAUAAUACGCGUUAACUCUUAAGCCACGAUAAAGCUUCAUAGAUGGUCACACGUAUAUAAAUAAGUAUAUGGAAUCGCAAAAGGAAAGUAAUUGAAUAAUGUGUCCUUUUUAGAUAUUUAAUUACUAGAUAUACUUUUAAUUCCUAUGUUUUACCAAAUAUUGUUUAUACAAAUUUGUAUUAUUUGUAUUAUUACUUCGCAUUUCUUAGCGCAAAUUAAAGCUGCAGCAGAGAAUGUUAGCUUUGACAUUAUCCUAGAAAUUAAAACUCAGCGCUGUUAAUUGAUUUAAUUAUUAGGCAUACAUUUAGGUUUUAGUUUAGUUUA